AUGCUGGUUUGGAUUGAAAACAUCUCACCAAGUGAAUUUGAAGUUUGUUUGCAAGAGUCAAGGGUAUUCGAUGGGCUCCACGAAGGACUUAUAGUGGUGAGCCGUUAUUCUGUCUAUGUGCUGCUUAAUAGGUUGUUUUGCGUUUUUCACUGAUUAAUUUAUUUUCCUUUAGAUUUUAACCAAAAUGUUUUCUUUAGUAAUGGCUUGCUUUCUUUUGUCCUUACAUAGUGUUUUGAUGUACUUGUAUUUCUUAUUAUUUGUGUUUCCUGUUCUAUAUAGAUCAAUAUUUUAUCAAGAUUAAUUGAUAUUGCUAGUCACAUGUUUUGCUCGUAAAAAAUGCCUCAUCUUGUGUUUUUUCUUCCUUCUGUCGGUCAUGGUUUCUCCUGUGUCCUAAACAAAGUAUAUUUAGCUUGAAAUAAGUUCCUAACUCGUUUUAUUUCUCACUGAGAUCGCUAAAGCAAACUUAAGGAUGUUAUUAUCUGUGGAUUAUGUGUAAAUGUUAUUCAGCUCAUAAGCAAAUGUGUAAUGUUCUUUUCUACGUGCUCUUUACUCAAGAACUGGAUGGCAUACGAGAACUAUCCUCAAAAUUGGAGAGCUAAGGAGUCCAAAACCAUCCUGUUUUCCGGAAAGGAGUUACCCUCAGCCGAAAACAAGUAUGCACUGUGUAAGGUACUGUAAGUCUGCAUGUGAUUUCUUCCUUAAAGAAAUUUGUCUAUGAUUUGUGAAAAUCUACCGACCUAUGUCAAAAGCAUUCUGCAUGUUUAACGAUAGUGUCCAACGAGGAUUUCCUUGUCGGGUAAAGGACCGUUGUCAGUGUGAAAAUAAAAACAAGGAAAGAAAAAAUAAAAGGAAAGAAAAGUUUGGGUCACGCGUGUGGAUCCAAGUUUAGCCAGUUUUAAACGUUUUUUAUUUUAAUUUUUUAUUUCGUUUUUUGUUAUGCCUGUUGUUUGAUUCCUGUUUUUUUUUUCUAUUUCAACAGACGAUCAAAUACGACGAGCCGUUUUUUAACCCACCCAUCGUCCUGACAACUGUCUUCAAUGCUGCUCAAGGUAACAAAUCGAACAAUGGAUGUGGUCCGAAACAAAAAGAGCCUUUGCUAACCUGGAUGGAGGUAAGAGUAACGUUAAAACUGACCCCCUGAGUUUUGCCUAUGACUUAUUAACUCGCCGAUCAUGCUAGAUUUAGAUGAAAUUUAAAAGAGAAAUGAAGUACAGUUUUGAAUUGAACCUAAAUCAACCAAAUAUGUGACAAAAUAGCCCUGUUAGCUUUCCCUUUAUUUUCCCUUUGUAUCAUUUCUUUUUUUUAGUUUGCUUAUUUGUUCGUUGCUUUGUUUCCUGACCUAUUCUUUUCUUUCCUUUCUUUUUAUCAUAAGUCCUUUGUUUUUAUCUUCUUGUUUGUGUUUCUCUCUUUUCUUCUCCUUUCUCCUCUCUCAUUUAAGUACGAGAACUUUGCUCCUGAUUUUUCAUCAAAGUUCCAUGUGCUCAAAAUUCCUUAAUUUGUCAUUUUAUUGCUUGCUUUUCUUUCUUUUAUCCUUCAAGGGAGUGACCAAGAAAAAAUUUCAAAUUUGCAUAAUAGACCACGCAGGAUACGGUAACCAAAGAAGCGACGUGGUUAUAGACUACUUAAUUAUUGGAGGUGAGGCUGAAAAUCCGUGCCCUGAUUAGAAACGAUUCAAAUUAAAAAAAACCAAAGUUUUAAUUUAUUUUUGUUUUGAUAAAGAGGAAAUUCCAUGAUGGGCAAGUGUUCUUAGUGUUCUAGUGUGCCUUGAUGAUCAGCAAACAGAAGUUGAUCGUUGAGCUCUUUGGUUUUAUAUGAAAUACCGUGUGCAAUUGCAUCGGGACCCUAUUUUAUCAUAGGUUUUUUUUAUUAUUGAUUCAUUUACUUAUUUUUCUUUCAUGCUCAUAUAUAUGAUUUUCAAAUAUUUUGUACCCAUUUGAAGUCAAACCCCGUUUGUACUAGCAUUGUACGUUAGAUAUGGUUAAAUUGUCUAUGCAUUAUUCAAUUUCAUGAGAUAUUUGUCACUUAAGCACAGCAAAAUGUUAGAAGUGAGUGAGUCCAUCCUUCCAUGAUUUGUCUUAGUCUUCUGUGGGGUUGCCAUUGUGGGGUAAUAAAUCUUCAUCUUGUUUUGUUGUUAAUGUUGUUGCUGUUUUUUUUGUUCUUUUUAUUUCAUUGCUUACUCUGUUUAGACCACCCAAAAAUUCAAUGCCUUUCAUUCAUUUAAUGUGUGAUUUCUGGUUCUAUUACAGACCUCGACCCGUGUAGAAAUAUUAACUGCACUUACGAAAGCUUCUGCUAUGCUUAUAAUGCGUGGACGUAUAAAUGUCUCUGCCGAACUGACUGCCCAUCGUACGAGGAACAUGUCUGUGGUUCCAAUGGUCAGACUUUCAAGAAUAUGUGUGACUUCAAAAGAGAGAUUUGUAAAAAACGCGGCAAUUAUACAAACUAUCAUCCUGGAAGAUGCAAUGGUAUAAAUCAUUGUCUUUUUGUUUAUUAAACUCUUCCAAAAGUACCCUUGCAUUCUCCUUAACUACUUGAAUUUUAUUUCUCUUCGAGACUGGGAUAUCUGAUAAGAUAAUUUGGUUUUAUUAAUUGAGUUGAUAAUGAAGAUUGGUCUCCUCAAAGGAUUUCUAAAUCUGACAUUUCGAACGUUAACCUUAUAUUCCUUUUCAAUUUUCUCCCAAUUUGCAGAGUGCAAUGUUUUUGGUCUUUUUUGUUGUUUUCUUUUUAUGUUUUUCGUUCCUUUCGUUUCUUUAUUUGUUUGUUUGUUUUGUUUUGCUCUUCUCUGCUCGAUCGGUUUUUAUAAACUCGUUAUGAAUAAGACAGCUCACUCGUUAGUUUCCCGCUCGCUUGUUUUAUUCUUCACAACUCGUGAAAAGAAUCGUACGCGUUCCGUAACCAUGAAAUUAGCUAUAUUUAUAUGAAGUCGAGUUCACUUUUUAUCGAGCUACGAGUUCUCAAACCUUUCCGAAGAUUAUUGCGAAGCUUCGUCCGGCCUCACUGGGUGUAUUUUUGUGUGUAUUCACAGUUUAUAUCCUUCAAGUUGUUACCUUUGACCGCUUGCUUUUAUAAAUACCUAGCGAAAAUGAUGGAUGACAAACAACGUUUUGCUAAAGCAAACAACUUCGGAGCGAUAAUUUUAGAAUUUUGACUAAUUAUGGGGUUCCAGAAAUUAUGGAUUGUUGGCGUGCAAUAAGGGCGUGAAAAUAUGUAAUUUUAAUGUUGACGAAGUCUUAAGUGAGUUUCUUGUUUUGCUUGGACGACAACCCUUAGAGAAAUCUUGAGUUUGCAAAAUAAGGGGAGUAGGUCGAAAUGUUUCGUGUUCAUUGAGGUUGCAGUUGGAGUCCCAUGGCUGGUUCGAGAUAUAUGUUUUCCAAAUUUUUUAAAGUUAUUUUUGAGGACUUCGCAGUUACCUUCUUUUCAUCAGGAGCGACAAAAGCCUGAAAGAUCGUGAUUUCCAGUAAAACAUGGAAUGGGGCAAAAAUAAUAACCUUGUGGCUUAGUUUUAAAAACGCAAAUUCUCAAAGUGUUAAUACCGAUUAUACCUAUUCUCGAAAAUUGCAAAACGGUCGUCUCGAAAAGCAGCUUAGCUUCUCUCCCUGAAAACGCCCGUCAUCUUGCAGAAAAUACCCACGAAUUUUGUUUUGGGCCUUUGCAAAUUUAGGGAGCAAACCAAACUUUCCAGCAGACUACUGAGGUAUAAGUGAACUCCUUUCAAAGAAUAGAAGAACUUAUCAGUAAAAAUUAACUUAUUUCAAUAUGUCCACAUUGUACAAGACAGGCCGGAGACAAAGUUUCGGUGCCGUAUUGCAUAUUGUAACAACGUUAAAAUUUCAUGUUGAGAUCUUUUAGCUUAAUACACGCCAAAAUUUGGAAGAGUAUGAAAAAAUUAAGGCGACCUCAUCUACAACAUGAUAUGAUGAAUAUGUUAUCUUGCGACAAUCAGAUGAUAGACGAUCCAUUUGAUAUGGCUGAGCUCAUUCUGACUCCUUUCCGUAUAGCCAAAACGUGAAUUUUUUUAAUCGUUUUCGUUGUUGUUAUUUCCGUCCAACUGUAGAUUUCCCUAUGCAGAAAGGAAGACACGAGUUUCCAAAUCCUCCUCUCGGGAUAGAGGAUCAGUGUGUUGUGAUCAAGUUCAAACCGUUCAUAUUCUAUCCUCUUAAGGAAGUUCACGUGCAACUCACUGUGAACCACUUCAACUACUCGUAUGCCGAUUGGGUACAUGAAGCUGCUACACCUUGGGUUGAAAGCGUUAACGUCACUCAGUUUACUGCUUGUGUUACUCGAACUGGAAAGGACAAAUAUCUUGCAGACAGCUUCCCUUCAAUAGACUGGAUGGCCUAUCAGGGAAAUCCACCUGGAGGAGUAGCAGGGAAAGCGAAUUUCACAACAUGGUCGACUGGAACCAGCUGCGUAACUGUCUCUUUUAAAAAGGUAGGUAUUCCUCUUUAAUUUAAGAGUUAAGAAAUUUGGACAUUUUUUUGUGAUAUACAUCACAUUUUUAUGUUGCUUUGAAAAGUGCUCUAGAAACAUGCACUUUUUAACUCUUUUGUUGUCACACAAGGAUUGUGUUAUUCCUAUUUCAACUUGCGGGAGACGCGGUGCCAUUAUGGUCAGUUCGCUCUGUUCGAGAACUGGCCGAGUCAAUGCGUCGUAUUCUUGAGCAGAUCACUUUACUCUCAUUGUGCCUCUCUCCACCCCGGAGUAUAAGUAGGUAACGGGAGGGGGAGGGGGAAGGGGAAGCACUUGGCUUGACUAGGGAAACCACUUUUAACUGAAUAUUCCGAUUUAACAUUGGUAAUUAAGAGCGAAACUUCUUCAGGGUCAUGUCGCUCGAAGGCUGUUAGCGCCCACCCAGGUUCAAAUUUUGAUCUGGGUUCCUUUAUUCCUUUGUUCAAUAGCCUUUUUGGGAAAAUUCUCUCCUUUCAUUUUAGAGCAUCCAAGAAUCAAAUUAUAGGCAAAGAGAAUUAUACCGAAUUUUCUGUUAAAGCUUUCAGAUCUGAGAUCAGAUUUCACACUAUCCUUUUCGUCACCUAAUGAUGAUGGGAUGUGCAGGUUCUUGUCGUGUAUCUUUUAGUAUAACUUCCCAGUCAAAUCAGUUUCCUCAUUUUUUCAACUGUAGCGUUCUGAGCCACCGUCGGUCUUUGCAACAGCAGUGCAUCACAGAACAGGUCUCAGGCAUGAUGCUACCUCUUUAUGGCUUGAAGAUGUUUCAACGAGUUCUUUCCAGAUCUGUCUUAGAGAAUUUCAAAACUUCGCAGGAGCUCAUGAUAAAAUAACAGUGGUAAGUUUUGUGCUCAGCUUUGUUACUAGCUGGUGCUGACUCUAAAUUAUCUGGUUUCGGCUUAGCCCUUGGAAUUCUAAAACAUGAGAUCCCAACUAGGUACUAAGUUCCAGCUGCCACAAAUAGUAAGCAUUGUUGUAAGGAACUUCAGCAAUAGAUCCUAAGUAGACUUUCCGGUAUUGUGCUAGGAAAAGAGAAUGCCCGGCUGCAUUGUAGACGUUUCUCUGAUAGCGGAACUCUUACCUUCGUAUAUGACCUAAUCGCCAAACAUGAUAUUUCUUGGUUCAAUUUCUACUAAAGCAUGUGUCUAUGUACGCAUCUUCAUGAAUUCAUUCCUCUGUUUUCUCCCAGAGCUGGCUGUUUUUCGGAAAAACACCCAGACCAUGGUUUAAAGAGCACGGCCUCGUCAGUUUUCCGAAUACUGGUUCGCCGUCAGAAGAGUACAACUACGCUUUCUGUAAGGUAAGCGUUGUGCCCCUUGUCAAGAGUAGUUUGCGUGGGUGUGGGUGGGUGCAUGUAGUAUAUUUGACUAAUUUUUCUUACUUUGGCUUUAGGCAAUUGAUUGAGUCAAGAAAAUUCUCGUCACCCUGUAAACUAAUUAGGUAUAUAAUAAAGUCUAACGUUAUAACUAAACAGGCUGUUUUAUGCUGCGAGUGUCUUCUUCAUUUUGAUCUGAUUUUUUAGACUGACAAACCAGUAUUUUCUUGAUUUUAUCAUUGUUGAUUUCAUUUAAUUGGUUGAAUGACUUAUAUAUCAAGUAAUCGAGAAUUUUCCUCAUCUCAUCAAAAGGAUGUGAGUUACACUCGAUCGGCUUACAAAAACUCCCCAAAAGUAUUUAUAAGCGCCAGGCAUUCUACCAGUGGAGGCAAUGCUCCAGCAGAGUGCAACGGAAUCAUAAGCUGGAUUGAGGUGUGUCAAAUUAUAACUUAUUACGGCAGGAAGUUUAGAUAAAUAGCUGCUUCUAUGCUCUUACUGUACGUUGCCAUGCAUUUUUUCCUUUGGGUCUUUGUUUGCUUCCGUACUUCAAUAGUUCAGCUUCCUCGAGGUACAGUGGACUGUAAUUACAAAUAUGAUUUUAACAUACCAAACUAAACCACUACAUUUCCAAAAUUUCUGUCUUUUGAUUUCUGUUUGCAUGUUUGAUGUUGUUGUCAACUUUGUUGUCGUUGCAUUUACAUUUGCGUCAUCAACAAUCAACUAUGUAUACUUAGACAAUGUUUCCUCAGUGAUGUCAAAUAAUUAGAUACGCUUAGUUCUAUCACAAAAGUUUUUUUUUCAAGUAUAUCACAGAAAAGGCAUUCCGAAUCUGUGUCAAAGAACUGGAAGUGCAACGCUUCGACCCACUGAAUGUAUCAUACGCGGUGUUGGGAGGUACGAAUAAUCUAAUAGGCGGAGAGCCGGCCCCGAGUAAUGACAAGCUUUAGCACAUUUAAGGUCGUCACUUAGCUAUAAAUUUGAACACUUGGUGUUCCACAUAGUGAAACAGACUACAUUAAAAAGAAAAAAAAUCACAUAAGUAUGUUAGUAAAUUAAAAAUAAAAUAAAGGGUAGUGAUAAUAAUUCCAUAAAGUUGGGAUAUAGCGCGCGCUGUCUUAGGUUAAAAGAGCGUGGUCCAUGAGAGUAUAGAGCAUAGAGCUGAGCUAAAGCUUUCACGCUAUCUGCCAAAUUGUACUAUGUCCGACCUUUUCCGGGAAUUCUCCCUAGCUCGUUUUUUGCGUUAAAAGUGCCUCUUAGUGAAAGUGACUGACUUUAUUAUUACUUGCCGGCUUGCCUCGCAAGCAAGCCGGCAAGUAAUAACAAAAGAACUAAACAGAAGUUUGUAAAUAUGCCAAGCACCGUAAUUUAUGUUAUUACAACGUGAGCAGAGACAAAAAAUCCUCAAAGAUAAACGAAAUGGACAGUCCGGCGCUGUCAUCCCGAGCGAUCUUCAUGUUCCGGUGAAUUCGGCUGCCGUUCAUUCAUAGAACGCUCGCCUUGAACAGUUUGUUUUCUACUUGUCAUGUGAAAAAACUUGCGGGUUAUGAGUCACAAUUCGGCCGAAUUUUACUGAACAUUUCACUUUCAGAUUCUGUAUUAGAGACUAAAAGACUUAAGGCAAAAGUGUUAAAUUCGACCUGCCGAACUGUUUAAGUUCGUAAUCUAUUGCAGAAUGUGAACUUUGAUGGUUUUUGUACUUUGAUGGUUUGAAAGUUUUGACAGCUUUAGUCUUGUACAGCCAAUUAGGUUAUUUGAACCAUUCUAAAAGGGAUUCUGACUGGCUUAUUGUGGCGUGCUUUAUGAGUGUAUAGAGCAUGCUAAAGACUCUGUUGUUCGCUUUAGAAAUAAAGUUUGUUUUGAAAAUUGAAAGUAAUGCGUGCGGAAUAAAACGGAUUCUCUAUUAUAACACAAACGUCUUGUGUUUCUCCCUACACUUCUUUCGUGCUCUAGCCGCUUUCUGCGUACUUUACAACAAAACAGAGCACAGUCAAAGCUUCUCUAUUUGUUAAAUAAAGGCUUUAUUCUCAAGGUACUCGUGAGCUGGUGAGAUUCAAUAACUUCUAACUUAGAGUCAUUUUUCACCUUUUAAAUGAAAAGAAAUCCUCCACAAAAAUCAGCCUCACUUUGCUCUUUACCAAGCUGCAAAUAUAAUAAUGACUUAAAUAGUUAAAACAGAACGACCGAUUAAACAAACAAACAAACAAAAAAAACUGUCAAUCGUGUUUAUCUUACAGACAGCAUUUGUAAAGACGACUGGUACUAUUUCGAUAACUAUUGCUACAGUCAAGUGGCUGCAUGCGAUAACUGGGACAACAGCAAUAGAGUAUGCGGCUUAAAGUCAGCUGACCUUCCCAGCAUACGUAACCAGGAAGAAAACGUUUUUGUCCAAAGUCUGCAUGGUGGAGAACACUCCUGGUUGGGGCUCAAUGAUAUCAACUCUGAAGGGAAUUUUGUGUGGAGCGACAAGAGCACAUCCAAAUUCAGGCGUUGGGCAAAGGACCAACCAAACAACUAUGGCAAUCAAGAUUGUGUUCAUGCUCUUGGCUUCCUUAAAAAUCAUCAUUACGAAUGGAAUGACGUGAACUGCUCUGAUUGUCACAGAUAUUCUUGCAAGAGAGGUUAGUGCUUAAAAGAACAUAUAGAAGUAUACUUCAGCUGAAAAUAUCAUAUGGAACAUCUAGAAAAUUGCGUAGUAACUGUCAUGCUUCAGUGAAACAAUAGUUUUGCCACAAUUUUGUUUUGUUUCUGUUAGGAUCGUUAUGAAACGUUUCUGAGUACUUAAGAAGUUCCGCCUUCCUGGAAUCUCUUUUUUUGCAUGUUGUCAUACGAAUUUGCUUUCGCAACCAGGCUUUUACAAUCCAAAGGAUGAAAAGGAAAGUUUACAAAAUUGCUUUACUACACUGCAAUACUACACAACUAUACAGCAGUAGGCAGAUGCAGUCAUAGACUGCCUUUUAUUUAUUCCGCCUGCUAUAACCAUAAUAAGAAACUGAAUAAACUUUUUGUGUUUGCUUUCUUUUAAAGAUUAUGAUGAAUGUGCUGACCACAAUUACGACUGUCCAGAUGAUUCUCAUUGCGUUAAUGAGCCUGACGGUUACGACUGCCAAUGCAAUAAAGGAUUCCUUCUGAAUAAAGUUAACAAAAAGUGUGAAGGUAUCUCGUUUUGAACUAUAACUAACAGAAUAACUUAUUCAACGGUUAAUUAAUAUUUAUGUUAUUUUAACAUUUAGGAAUAUAAAAAAAUAGGCGAUCCAACUGUUUGAUAUUUGGAAUAAAACGAAGUCACUACGAUCGUAGGAAAUGAAUAUGCUGCAGGUAAAGUUUGCAAACAUUUUCCCCUCUUUUUCUUUGUUGCCAAAUAGACUUGGACGAAUGCAACAUGGGAAAACUUUUUUUUAACUGCCCCGCCAAUUCGACCUGCGAGAACGUUCCUGGUUCCUAUAGAUGUAGAUGUAAGCUUGGUCUGGCAGGAACCGGCUUGGCAGGAACCGUUAAAGAGUGUGGGGGUAAGUUUCUGACUGUUAAUUUAGAAUCUCCCGCUGAAAAUGUUUAAAAUUUUCGUUCGAUGCCUCCGUUUCCCAUGAAGCUUUUUUUUCCUAUUGUGACUUUCUUUAACUUCUCAGUUUCAAUCGUUUACUCACAAAAAAGCGAUUUCAUAAACAAAUUCUCCCCCAAUUUAUUUCUGUAGCAUCAACUUUACUGAUUGGUGUCACUGUGGUUACAUGCAAGGCAAAUUUUUUCAUUCCUGAAAGAGCAUCUCAAUGGAGUGACGGUUUAUACGGCUAAACUAUUGAAUUACAGCCAUGUUUAAGUUCUUUACGUUAUGGUUUGUAGAAAAGUUUGGAUCAACAUUAGUAUCUGGGCAACUGCCCAUCUGCCCCUCCCCCUAACCCAACAACAGUCUACUGAUAACAAGUUAAGAUUAAUGUUGGGUUAGGGGAGGGGUAGGUGGACAGUUGCCCAGAUUCUGAUAUUGAUCCAAAUGUUUUUACGGUAAAUUUCUUGUACGUAUAGUGGUUAAAAAUUGGACUGACAGUUAGCCCCUUUUAAACCUUAUUUAAACCGCCAAUAGCGUUUAUGUUUUGAUAGCAAAAAACGCUGAGACAGAACAUUUGAUCCCAGUCUGAAAAAUUCACUUGUCAUUCACAGACCUUUGCAUUCUCGGAGACCCAGGGGCGGGCGGAAGAGCCUCUGGGGACAUUGUCUUACAAGACUAGUUCCAAACGGUCGCAGCCGUUCUGGCAUCUGAUUGGUGCCAGAAAAUCUUUGUGUUUUUUUGCCCAAUCAGAGUGAAGUAUGCUUCAGAGUCCUUUCGUGUGCUUUAACACGGAUAUGUACAAGAAGCUCAGUUGCUCGCCUUGUUUGUUUGGGCCGUUCGACGGAGCUUUUCCCGAGGUGAAAAGUUUCAGUCUCAGCACGCAAUGUAAGGGAAAUCGAUACUGAAUACUUUCACAAGACAAGAUGUAAGCCUAAAUCUUUCUAGAUUUCUCGUAUCAUUUGCUAUGACUGAAACUUUGCCAAUCCCGUGAAGCCAUUUCUUCGCACAGGCCACGUAGGUAUGUCAAGCAACUAGCGCUUACGCUUGCGUAACUUUCUGUGCGCACCAAAAUCUAACCCUUACAUAGUAGUUAAGUCUUUCACAAUAUGGCCAAACUCGCAGAGAACGUUAAGUUCGUGGACAACCUCCAGCGAGCGCUUAGAGAAAGCUGAGCUGUGUUUCCGGUUAGCGAAUUAAAAUCUGAACAAAAACUUACUAUCGAUAACAUUGUGGGAAGGAGAGAUGUUUUCGGACAGUUACAGACGGGGUUUGGAAAGAGCUUAAUCUUUUCAACUGCUACCAUGACAAAGGCAUAUCAUUUUUUUUUGGAGUCUGUCAUCUCCCAGUUACAAUUACGUUUCCAUGAUGUCUCAAUUCUAUAGCGACAAGUGUCGCAUUCUGCACGCGGAAGACCAUCGUCUGUUAGAACCUUUUAAUUGAAAACGUCUUCAAAUAUCUUCAUAAACUCGCCAUUAAGGUUUCUUUAUUUUUCUCUUAAUGUUGAUAAAAACGAAAGAACAUACUCGACAACGGUCUGAAACAUUUUCACUCGGAUUAUUCACACUCAUCGUAAAAAAACACUGAACCUUCCCUAAACAAUUAUUCGAAGGAGAUUUAAUUUUGGCGCGCGCACAGAAAGCUACAUAAACAUAAGCGCCAGUUGCUCGACAUACCUGCGUGGUCCGUGCUACGAAAUAACUUCACGGGAUUGGCAAAGUUUCAGUCACAGCAAAUUAUAUGAGAAAUCUAGAAAGAUUUAAGCUUACAUCUCGUCUAACGUUUAAAGCAACAUAAUAACGCCUGCAACCACUAUGUUUAAUACGAACCUCGCAAACUUUUAGAUACGUUCUCUUGCAAUACCUGCGAAAGUAUUCAGCAUAAUUUCUGGUAAGAUUUUCUUGGACAAUCUGAUUGAUUUCUCUUACAUUGUGAGACUGAAACUUUUUCCCCGGGCAAAGCUUCGUUGCACGACCCAAACAAACAAGGUGAGCAACUGAGCUUCUUGUACAUAUCCGUAUUAAAACACACGAAAGGACUCUAAAGCAUACUUCACUAUGAUUGGGCUGAAAAACAUAAAGAUUUUCUGGCACUAAUCAGAUGCCAGAACGACUGCGACUGUUUGGAACUAGUCUUGUAAGACAAUGUCCCGAGGGGCUCCUCCUCCCCGACUUGAAAUCGACUCACAACCCCUGGGUCUUCGAGGAUAAGACCUUUGUAGAACAUAUCGACAUAUCAGGACAGAAUCGUCUUUAAAAAUAAACCUUCACUACUUUUACAGCACCUUAUGCGACAGUAACUUCUUCCUGCGCCGAUACAACAAUAUGGGUAUCAAAUUCAACAGGGUACAUCGAGCCAAUUGAUAAUUCAAAGGCUACUAAAUACAAAAGUAACAUGAACUGCAUAUGGAAUAUAACAUCAAAUGGACAAAUUGAUCUUGUCUUUUUACGUUUGGACACUGAGGAUAAGCAAGAUAAGGUCUUCAUACACGAUGGUGGAUCAGCUUCUGCUCCUGUAAUUGGUACUUUGUUUGGAGACACUAUCCCCCAGGGAUCGUUCACAAGCACAUUCAACAAUCUAUUUGUGAGAUUUGAAUCUGAUGGUAAUAAAGAAUAUAGAGGAUUUUUGGCAGAAUAUCGAGGUAGGUUUGUAUUUAUGUACUGUCUGUUUUUUGCGAUAUCUGGACUGGCUGACCCAAUUCAGCUUGGAGCUUGUUUAAAUGGGGUUCUGUAUAAACAAUAACAAGGUUAUUAACCAUUAUUAUUGUUAAGAAUUUGCAGAUUUCAAAGUAAGGGCAGCACAUUCUGCUCAGUUAUCUUAAGACAUUGAGUUUUGGUCCGGUCAGGGACUUGAACUCUCGACCACGCGCAUCGCAGUCCGGUGCUCCAUAGCGUGAUUUAACCAAGCGCGGUGAUAUAAGGGCGUUAUUUCGAUACCUUUUCUAAUCGGGAAUGGGUAUUGGGAUUUACCGUGAAAGGAAAUCAUGCCAGUUUGUGUGAUACGCAAGCCUUUGGAAAAGAAUUGAUGCUAAAAUUGGCCUCCUUGUUUCAUUUUGUAAGGUUUUGCGAUUGUGGCAAAAAAGUCGUUGUGCCCAGUUGGCCCUACCAUUGCAAGGUUAUUCACAUCCUUUUUUAUCUCUUCUUUCAAAGACUUCGCCGUAUUGGGCGAUAAACUUGUCCACCGAAAUAAAUGCUAUGUGGUGUAAUUUGCGUGGAUUCAAGAGAAUUUUCGCCCUUAGCGAACAAAGAAACGCACAGUUUCUACUUUGUAUAAUUAUAUUCCAGAUCUCACGAGUUAGAAAAGUGGUUUAGAGCGCACAAGACAUGAUUUUGUGUGAUCCAAGCACAGGCUUUGUCUUUUAUGAGAGUAUAGUAUUUCAGACUUCAAAAUUUUUAUGAACAAGACUUUGUCGUCAAACAAAGUUCUGUUCUAUGGGGUUACUGGUGGGAAACGGUCAUUCACACUUUACUCACAAGGUGAUAUCAUUGUGUUAUCAGUGAAAUAAAAAUGGGCGAUAUUUGUAGAUAUAUGAAACAUGAGCCACAAUCUGCAUAAAUUAAAUAUAAACUGCUGUUUGGUAAAAGAGAAUGAGCAAAUGGAGGACCGACUAAACCAUCCUCCCCUCCCCGUGAAUAAACCGAAAAAAAUUUAUAAGAGAAGAGUUAGUAUGAGUGAUUCGUAGAGUCUGUGUCCAUCUCACACAUCUCUGAAUCAAUUUUAUUCAUAGCAAUUACGGAUGGCAGCGUGCGUAUGAAUAGUACCUCUUCACACACCAAAUUUGCUGGCAGAGUGGAAGUUUUCUACGAUGGUAAAUGGGGGACCGUCUGCGAUGACAACUGGUAUAAAAACAUGGCUAACGCGAACGUAGUUUGUAAAGAGAUUGGUUUCGUAAAGGCUGCAGGUGUGUUUACUGGCGCUUCACAUGGCGAAGGAAGUGGACCAAUCUGGCUUGACGACGUGAGUUGCUCAGGAAGUGAGACUCAUCUCCACAAUUGUCCAAAGAGAGAAUGGGGAAACCACAACUGCGAUCAUAAAAAAGACGCCAGUGUGUUGUGCAAUUAUGGUGUUACCGAUGUUCGGAUAAACGGAGGUAAAAAGUUUGGCCGCGUUGAGAUUCUUAUAGGAGGCCAAUGGGGUACUAUCUGUGAUCACAAAUGGGACAUGAAUGAUGCAACCGUCGUCUGUCGUCAGCUUGGUUUUAGAGGUGCAGACAAAGCGCAUGGAGGCGCAACGUACGGUCAAGGUUCCGGUCCUAUCCAUCGCAACCUUGUCAGAUGCAACGGGGACGAAAAAUCAUUGCUGGACUGUCCAUACGGUUCAUCUCGCUAUUGCUCGCACGCUGAGGAUGCAGGUGUUGAUUGUGAUGUUUGAACGUCAACUGAUAUCAAAACACCCUCGAAAACUGAUGUGUUCAAUAUCUUGUCACCUUUAAUAGUGGUGCAGGUCGCGGUAAUAAUAUUUUUAGCCAUAAUAGCAGCAGCAGUCAAACUCUAUUUGAGACGGUGUCUCCGUUAUAAUUAAUAACAACAGCUGCAAAGCUUUUAGAUAGAUACUAGGUAGAUUAUUGGCUACUGAAAUUCGCCCUUGCGGAUUUGGCUCAUCGCUUAAACAAACUAAAACGAAAAUUAAGUUUUAUUUGCCGGUAGAUUUAUAUGUUUAAUGUUUGAAGUGCGAAAUGUUUCGUCUUUAAGAAAGAUUUGCUGGAGAGUGUAAAGAGAUCAGUAUCUAACGGCAUUUUUGAAUUCUUAUGAAAAUUUUAUUUUAUUUCAUCCAUUUUUUGCGGAGAAUAACCAUAAGCUGCGUUGCAAGAUUAUCUAAGCUAGAAAAAUUGGCAAGAAACAUUAAGCUAUGGCAUAUUAUCCUUUGUACCAGUAGGUCCUAGAAUUCAAUAGAAAUAAAUCAUAUAUAUACCCUAUACAAUUUACAGUCGUAGCUGAGUAUUCGGUGGUGCAAAAACGCACAGUUUUGGGUACUAUAUAUAGAGGUAAAUCUUCCUGAUUUCGAACGGUGAGAGGUUAAAAUAGACUUUGAUUGACAAUUCAUAACUCGGAGAAUAAGAUGCAAUACAACUACAUAGAUUCUAAGGGCCAACUGACUAUCGAACAAGGCGAGAGAUAAUAGAGGAGGUAUUAGUGCUGAACUACCCUGAAAUGCUCACAGCCACUGAAAUCUUUGUUUUCCAUGUAAAUGUAGGCACAAAUAGAAUAUAAUUAAAAUUUUCUAUUCUAUAUAUCACUUUCGUUCGUUGUAAUCGGAAAAAACGCAUAUUUUAUUUUAAACAUGAGGCGGUGCUUUCGUUCUAUUUGGAAGUUUUUGAAAAUUCAGCCUCAUCUUAGGCUUAGACACACUGCCAGACUGAACUCUUCCGAAAUGAAUUACUUUCGUACAAAGCCCAAUCAUCUAUUUGUAUGUAUUUAUAUUGAGGGGGGCUUUGGGGCCUAUUAGAAACCACAAAACCGUAGAAAAAAUCAUCCAAAACCAAAAUACCGAAAAAAAAAUUCGAUCAAAACCGAAAACCGCGUGCAAAACUGUCAAAACCGAUACAUUUUCACAUCCCAGUUAUUACAACCCUGAUCGAUCUGAUACAGUGAUGACAAGUGGAGCAUACAGAGUAAUUAACUACCCUAAUUUCAUUACAGAAUUUAUGAAUGCCAUGGACUUGGCAUUCGUAUCCUCUAAUAUCUGCUUAAAUUAAUAGCUGCUCUCUCGAGGACCUCGGGCGUGGUCUUUGCGGACUCAGCCGCUGGUAAUGGAGCCUAAUUAAAUUAAGGAAAUUCGCACAAAAGUCCUCUACAGGGUUGCAAUUUUGCAGUCGCAAAAAGCUAUAGCUCUGGAAAGUUUCAUCGAAAAUCUCUAAUCUAACUUUUCCAUUUGCGAACUAAGACCUGAUAAGUUUGGAGAUUGUAUUGGAAUGUUGAAUCAAUCAGUCACGUGUGGCCUGUAACUUGGUCGCGAACUUCGAGGUGGCAUUGAUAAAGAAACUCUAGCAAUGUUCCGCGCUUAGCAUAACCCUUCGUGUAGCCGUACCCUCCCCUCCUCCCCUUCCCACCCCUGCACGUAGGCUACCUAGGGAUCCCUGCGAUAUUUCAAUUGGUUUGUCACACAUUCCUCUCGAUAAAAUUUGUGUUUAGCUGCUAUUCGAGAUCUCUGGAGGCGCGUAAUUGCCGCUCAGAUCAAAGAGAAACCUGAACCAAAUUAGGUCAAAUACAAAAAACUGAAAACCGCAUCGAAUAUGAAAUCCUAAAACCCGUCAAUAUUUUUCGCGAAAACCGAAAGCCAAAUGCUAAAAUACGGAAAAUCUGCAAACCGCAACGAACACCAGACCGAGAAACCGAAGCUUUUCGGCACAAAAACCGAAAAACCGAUCUAAAAAAUAGCUAAAACCGCAAAACCGAAAAUCCCAGUGCUCCCUCUAUACUGAUAUCUACCUUAGACUCUUUUUCACUCUCUAUUCCUUUUUGUGGUCCCUAUCUACCUCAUCACGCAACUGAAUUUAUAAGCAUCACAUAAAUGACUACAUCAAACCAAUUUACUCACCUUGGCUUCGAUUUUGGGGGGAAACUUUGAGUUUGUCGCUCAGGAACGUUUUAUGUAGACCGUGACAACAAAAAAAAUAUAUUGCGCAUGAAAAUAAAUCAACCGGAAGGAGUUCUAGUUAAUUGUUCUCCGUGUUUCAAAUUUCGGUGGAAAUCAUUGCAUUUGGAAGUCGGCAGUUAAGGGAUCUGCUGAUAUCGGACGGGUCGUAUAAACUACGUUUGCGUGUCCCCUUAAGCCUCACAUUAUGUCUACUAUAACUAGACGGCCGAUGUCAUUUCAUCAUUUUGAUAUUCUUUAAACCGCUCUUGGUUCACAAACUGAGUGAACGAACUGUAUUUUUUGUAUAUACUUAAACAAAUGUUCACAUCAGUAUUGAUCGAAAGCGGUGCCGAUAUUUACCUCGCAGCUUUGCGGUUCGGUAAAUAUCCGGCACUAGCGACCUCUAGUUCAGUGAAAAGUUGUUACCUUUUGAUCAUAUAUAGAGAUAACUCUCUUACAAAAAAAGGAUAUCCGUCCUGUAUUUCCCGAAAAAAAAAUAGCGAUUCGAACUCCUUCCAAACUCUUAAAACGACUUCAACAAGUUUCUUGUGGGUGUGAGGUUGGCGUGACUGGUAACGCAUCACAUUUUUUAAAAGGAGGUAUUAUGCACUGUGAAAAAAUAGUAGUGAUGAAGCAAAUUUCUCGCAUGAUAUGUUUAUUAAUAACCUGAAUUUGAUCAGCGUUUCAUUGCAUGUGCAUCAUUAGAGACUGCGAGGAAAAGGAAAACGAAGAAGGAGCGGAAUAACAUAACCAGCCCAUCGCAAUGUUAUUUCGUUGUGACCUUUGUCUCUAUGUCAACCACUUUAAAUUUAUGUUGACAAAAGUAGCUAUCUCUACUCUAUCGCUAUUUUUUAUUUAUUUAAUCACAGACAUGACAAUUAUCAUUUAUUAUUAAUCUCAUAAUUUUAUUAAACACGCAAACUUAUAACAUAUUUCUAGUUUCAGUCUGAAAAACGAACAAUAAUACUCAUAACUUGCUCGGCGACGUUCAUAAAAAUUCGGAACAACACAGAUAAUUAAAUGAUCUCUGAGAUUUUACCAGCCCUCGCUUAAAAACGACAUCUAUCAGCGGUGCGACUUCAGGCCAAACGUUUCAAAUGUCUGAGUUCAUAAGAACAGAGAAAAUCGGAGAAACUUCGUUCAUCUAUGUAACCUUAUGAUCACCAUAUAAUCGCUUAACGAAGAUCAUUUCUGAGCAAAGUUGCCGUAGUGAUAAGACCCAAAUAAAAAUAACCGUUCAUCAAAAGUAUCGGCAGGCAGGAAAUGAUAACUAUAGAAAUAAAUGAAAAAAAUUAUUUGAGUGAUUUCCUUAGGGAAACAAGAUUAGUCAGCUGUCAUUCCAUAUUUAAUUAUAUUUCUUAUAAAGACUUUUUCUCAUAUUUGUCUGGGUCAGUUUUCAUCGCUGGUCUGUGGUGAUCACAUCUCAGCACCGAACCAUGUCCUUCUCCACAAAGAGAGGCGUAUUCCUUUUGGUUUACUGCUGUCUCAUCAUCGAAGACUCUCGAAGUACAUAACUUUUUAAAGUUAUUUUAUUUGCUUGAAUUUUUAGAGAACAUCCUUAGCUGUCGAAAUCCCCCCUAAGAAUGAGUUGAAAAAAGAUUGAAAUAGCGCGCACGGAAAUUAAGGGUACAGAAAUCGCCUCUUAAAAAUAUACCGUUUUCUUGGACUAUGCUCGUUUUUCUUUUUAUUUCCCGAUCGAGUGGCAUAGUUCAAAAAUUCACAUUGGCAAAAUCUUUCUUUGAAAAAUUUAAAAUACAAAAAUAAAUAAGUAAAUGAAUAAAAUAAUGUAAUGAAAGAAAGCUGUACAAAUAUGCACAUCCCUGCGAAUAACCUAAAAAAAGCUCUAUUUGUAAUUGUCUUGAUAAGACUUGCCUCUUUCCUUAGAGACGGAGAGGGAGUCAGCUAUCAUUCAGUCAAUCGUGAAAACAUCGGAAAACACUUUUAACAUAAUAGCGAAGACCAAUAUGGAAUGCAAAUUCAAUCAGAAAUUGAUGCACGAAUUUGUUAGGAUAUUAUAAAAAUAAACCUUGCGCCUGUGCCUUUAAUCCGGUUUUGUUUUGUUAUUAUUACAUACUCAGACACAACAUGGUCCGAUAAAUCCUGUGAAAUAUGUAAUUUCCUUGCACUGACAACAGAGCGAGACGCUCUUUUCCGCUCGCCUGUGUUAGCUAAGGUCAAACAAAAAUCUGACCGGCCCAGGCAAAGCGUAGGGAAGUUCUAAGAUCUCCGGCACUUAAUGAAAUUGAAGGGUAACCCGAAAAGAAAUCAUUAUUGCCCUGUCUAAGAUUUAAAGCCAGGAAAAGAAACAUCUACACCAUAACAGAUGCCCCAGAUUAUUUAUGGAAUUUUAACACCAAUCAUGAUCAAUACUUACUUUAUGUCUUCAUCUAUUUAUUUACUUGUUUGAUUUUGAAUUCAAUUUUGAUUGGUUAGGAGUCGAAAGGGGCAAAAUUGAAAUGCAUCAGAAAAAUUGUGAGAUAUGAACUUUCCCUUGGGGACGUGAUGUAUCGAGACCAACGGCGCAAAAGCAAAAACAAUUGAAGGAUUAUAAUAAAAACUAUUGGGAGAUCAAGCAAAAUAAACCAUGUCAGAGGAUAAAUUUGAGUGCGCAUUAAAAAUAAAUGGAAAUGUAUGGGUUACAAUGAAAGCUUUCUGCAACUGAAUUAAAAACACAACCCCCUUGGGGUUUGGUAAACGCGCUGGGGUAAGUUGCGAUUAUUGGGUAGUCGAAUAGCUGACGCAAGCUUUAUAGACCAGUCACAAGGUGAAGAAAAGCAAAAACAGUUCAGUACAGGACUUUUUUUCCUCCCUUGAAAAAAAUUUAAUGUAUAUGCGAUUUACCUCAUAUAGGCAUUUUCAUUGGUGCCCCAAGUUCACGUGACAGCUAUUCAUAAUACUCCAAACCAAAGGAAAGACGCAACAAUUGUGUGGUUAGAAAGCAUAUCCACGAGUCAAUUUGAAGUCUGUUUAAAGGAAUCGAGGAAAUUCGAAGGACUUCAUAGAAACUUAACGGUGGUGAGCCAUAUGUUCUUAGCCUAUUUUAAACAUAAUAAUGUAGCAACAUGUAUUUUGCUAAUUACGACUUGGGUUAUUCGUGUGUCCUUAUCAUUACCCUUCUCGUUAUUUUUUUAAAAAUAAUUAUUAAUAUAAUGAUGACUAUAAUUAAAAAAAUCAUCAUCAUCAUCGUCGUCGUCGUCAUCAUUAUCAAAAUUAUUUGAUUAUUAUCACGAUUAUUAUCCUUAUAUCUAAAUGAAUAUUGGAUAUCAGCCAAGAUUUUGUGAUGCUUAUAUUUUUAACCUCAUUCGCUAGAACUGGAUGGCAUAUGAAUAUAAUCACCCGUCGUCAUGGGGAGAAAAACUGUCAGCACAAGUCAUGUUUUUUGAGGAUGAAGUACCGACUGAAGAAACAAACUACGCGCUGUGCAAGGUAUUCUUGCCAAAUUAAGUUUUUUUAUUGCUCUUCUAUAAAUUAAACUGUUUUUGUCUUAAUUUUUUCAAUAAGGAGAUGAGGUGGCUUUAAAAAACAUCACAUUUCUAGUUUGUGCUGAUAUUUUCGUCUGUUUCAUCCAUCAAUGCGAGUUAAGUUUCCAAUUCAUUUAUCUGGCUUUUUUCUUCGUUUCUUCCCUGUAUUGGCAACCUUUCAAAUCAAAGUAACGAAGAGUUUGCUACUGCUUGUAUCUUUCAGAUUGAGCGCUUUAUGACUUCGUUUUACACACCACCAGUUGUACUCUCAACUGCUUGUGGUAAUGAGCGUCAGAGAAGCGACGACAACAGCAUGUGCUCUAUGAGAAAAUCGAUUAUUGUUUGGUUAGAGGUAAAGUUGCCUUUAUAGAAUAAUGUCAAGGUAAUCUCUCUGAGCAAGAAGGUUCUUUUCUUCUUAUUUUUUUGCGCCUGUUAAAUAUUUCGCUAGGAAAUUUUUUUUCAUUACUUUCAUGCUCUAUUUAUCUCAAUUGGAUUCAAAAUAAUUCGUUAAAUAAAUGAAAUUGUGACCUUUUCAUAUUUUGUUCCUUUUCAUAUUUUGUUCCAUUCAAGUGCUACAUUUUGAGAUAAUAAUUUACCAUUGCCGAUGGGAAGUACAUUAACAUUGUGCUUAUCAAAACUUUUGAACUGAACGUAAUCUCGAGAAUUUCUGACCUGCAGGUACUCGCCACGGACGCUGUUCUUGCUAACCUGAAACAUUCUGCUUUUUUUUCUUUUGCAGAUAUUAACCCGUGCCCAAAUAGGAGCUGCGACUACUUCGCGCACUGUGUUCCCCUGUCAUCGCAUCAAUUUACAUGCGUUUAUAACAGCAGCUGCCCACCAUACGAAGAACAAAUCUGUGCUUCUAAUGGCCGGACUUUCAGGAAUCUAUGCAUGCUGAAAAAAGAGAUAUGUGAAACAAAAGCGAAUUAUACUGUCUAUCAUCCCGGAAGUUGCACAGGUAUCUCAAAUAAAUAAGCUUCAACCUUUUAAAGUUUGAUUACUGUUUCAUCCACAGUUUCCAUCAAGCGUAAAGGCUUAAAGACAGGCAGACGAAAAGUAAUAUAGACAAAGAUACAAACACGCAGACACACAUACAUUUACAAAGUAGCAUUGUUUGCACUGCAGGCAUAAUUUGGUAGAUAAGAGAAAUGCGAGAGCAUCCACCCGUCAAGAAUACCUUAAGUAUCUAUUUAAACAAACAAUACCCCUAACCAUCUUAAUUUUUAAAGGCGCUAGUUAUGUUUUAUGUUUCAUUUCAGGUUUUCCGUACCUGAAAGGAAGGCACCAGUUCCAAAAUGUUCCUUCCUGGGCAGAAGAUCAAUGUGACAUUAUCAAAUCUGAGCAAUUUGUGUUUUACCCCCACAGCAAAAUAUACGUUCAACUCACCGUUAACCACUUUAAUUAUUCUAACACCACGUUUGUUCACGAAGCCACUAUAUCUUGGGUUGAGAACUUAAAUACCACCCAGUUUACAGCCUGUGUUACUCGCGCUGGUAGGAAUGACAAUCCGUCGAACAGUAUCGCUACAGUAGAUUGGAUUGCUUAUCAAGGUGCCCCGCCUGGUGGAAUAACGGGAGAAGAGAAGUUCUCCAGAUGGUGGACUAGAACUACUUGUCAAAGAGUCACUCUUCCUGCGGUGAGUGUCCAGAACGGAGCUGAAUAAUUCCUGCAGAUCUCAAAUUCGUGCUUUAAAAGCGAGGGGUGAAAAUGCUAUCUGAUUAUAAUAUCAUUCAAAUAUCUUAUCUUGAGAAUAAAACUUUACAUUUGUUUCCAACUCUUAAUAGGAAGAAUAUUCUGAUCCACCAACGGUUCUUGUAACAGCUCAGCAUUACAGGACAGGAUUAAUGCACGAUGCUGCAAGUGUUUGGCUUGAAGAUGUUUCAACUAGCUUUUUCAGGAUUUGCCUCACGGAGCUUAAAAACUUUGCUGGAGUUCACUAUGAUAUCUCAGUGGUAAACUAUAUAAAAGCUAUUUGAACGUUGUUUUUGUUUUACAUCCACAUGGAAGCGGGGAAAGAAUUGAGUAUGUGAAAAUUUAGAAACUCUCCUUAACGAAUAGUAGUCAAUAUCACACGUUCGAAGGCGGUUUGCUCUUGUACCGGACGUUUUGACUGAGUUAUUUAUGCUAACAUGUUUAAUUUCAUCACUGCCCUUUCGCGUAAGAGGAUGAUUUUCACUUAACCAAACCAAACUCUGCCAAAACAACCAGCUAACUCCUCAAAUUAUGCCAAAAAAAGAGGACAUUUCGUGUCCUGCAUUAAGACAUUUUUAUGUUGCUAAAAGGUGCACAUCAGGUUCAUAUUUGUACUACUCUUUCGCAGCAUUGGCUAGUCUUUCAGCAUUGCCCUAAGCCAUUUUUUAAGGAGCACGGCAGUAUAACCUUCCCCAAUGGCGGUUUACCAUCGGCAGAUCACAACUUCGCUUUUUGUCAGGUAGAAAUAAGACGCAUAUAAAUGGUAAAGUAUUUUCAUAACUAAUAAAGGUUUUGAGGUCAGCGUUAUAUACCGCGAGGAUCUCCCGCAAGUAAGGUUAGUAGCAAACAGACUGAAAACUUUCAAGCCUAAUGUGGCUGAAUCUUCGGAAGAAUUGAAGAGCCCAACAAUCCCUGAUCUUCAGAGCUUAAAAGGGCAAUAACUCAACCUACAUUGGCAAGGAAUCAUUGGCCUACUGAGCCUCCUUCUCCCUCCUUCCCACCCAAACCAUAACUACCAGGUAGGUGAAAAGAGGCUUUGCCACCAUGUUUAUGUGUGCAGUUUUUGAUUAUUUCUUUGCAACAAAUUUGUGGCUAAAAUCCGUAAGCUGACGAUAAAAUCUAAAAAAAUUGAAUUUACUUCACACCUACUCUGUACGUUUUAAACGAAUGUGUCCUGAAAGGACUUUUUGAUCAACAGGAGGCAGCCCUUAUUAAAAACUACAGUAAACCACCGACUGUUUUGAUUACAGCAACACACCCCACAAAUGUAGGAGACACUGCCGCAGAAUGCAAUGGAAUUGCCAACUGGAUUGAGGUAUUAAAAUAACACUUGCUUGCAAGUGUGACCGCCGUUUAAUUUGAUUUUCCUAGUGAAGAGAACGGGGUGAUCACUGUAAUUCUCCCUGUGAAGAUACGCGAGGCAAAAUGACACUUUUUUUCAUUUCGAAGCUUUCAGUUGUGCUCUACUCAGAGAUACCCUUGUAGAACCCCGUUUCUCAUCGUGCAUACCUAUAGGUAAAAGAAAACAACGAAGAAAAGAGCUUUCCUUAGAAACCAGGGCUUUUUACUGAGUAUAAUCUCUAACGUACGGGGUCUUCUUGUCUUACUAAUGCUUUUUACAAAAGAUAUCAUAAAAAAGAAAAGUUGAAAUACUGAACCAAAACUACUUGAAGACGGAAAGCGGUAACGACGCAGGCAACAAAUCUGAGAAGUGACAAGAUGAAUCAAAUACGAAAGUAAAGAAUGAAAGAGUCGAAUUUUCAUAUGGCGCCAAAUAAGAGAGUGAAAUAUGUGAGUAACUGAAAGGGAGGUUUCUUAUUAGAUUAGGUUAAGAAUGAACAAAAUAAUUUGGUUUUAUCAAGUGACCUUUUCAAUCCUUUUCAACCCAGUGUAGUUUCUCUUAGCAAGCGCCUUGCCUUUGCUGUACAACGUGAACAUUUUUCACGACGUUCAGAAUCCUCUCAGCAUUCAUUUCUUAACGUGUCUUUUCUUUAAUACAGUUCAUUACCGAGUCAAGUAUACGAGUUUGUGUUAAGGAACUGUUUGUUCAAGGCUUUGAUCCACUGGUUGUAUCAUAUGCUGUGUUGACAGGUAAUUGAAUUUAUUACUAUAGUUUAAUUCUUGCAUUUUGAUGUACUUUUGGCUACUGGUGGUUUCGCCUCUAUGGAAGUUUUCCCCCAUAAAAGCAAGUUAUCCGCGUCAAAUAAAACAAGAUUGACGCCGACUUGUCAGCAUGAUUUAGCGUUUCCCAGAUAUGACUUCUUUAUUUACUCGCGAGGUUUUUGAUUCGUUAAACUAGUAAUUUCAUUUCUUCUAAUGGAAAAUUAAUUACAGACACUCUCAGUAGUUUCUACUAAAGAACAAAACUACACCAAUAGAUAUUGAUAAUAACGUUAAAAAAAGGUUAAAAAAUUUAUAAUUUGCCGCUUACUCCCGUUGCAUAUCGAAGGUGAUACCGGAGUGUCUUUUAAUCAUCCUUGUCGUGAUAUUACCUAUAUUCCGGCCAACGGUUACCACAUUACUCGUAGCUAAGCCACUGUAUACGAAAAUGGGCACCUAAUAAUAAUUAUUCACUGGUGGUGUGAUUUAGUUUCCUUAGUUCUGUUCUGUGUGCUUUGUAAUAAACUUGUGUGUUCUUACGGCUCCUGUUCUUGACCGAGAACCACAACAAUGCGCAUUAAGAAUGUUUGCAUCUCAUUAUAAUAUGUAGAUUCGAGUCGCGGUAAGAUUUCUUUAAGACAUUUUAUUUUAUUUUAUGAUAAAUAUAAUCAUCAUUUUCCAACAAACUUUCUCGUAACCUCUGUUUACGAUUUUAUGAUUUUUUUGCUCAAAGACAUUUGUCAAGAUGACUGGAUCUAUAACAAUGGGUAUUGCUACUGGAAAGUCUCCUCUUGCGAUUCUUGGAGUGAUAGCCAAAGAACAUGCGCUUCGUUAGCAGCCAAUCUACCAAGUAUCCAAAGCCAUGAGGAAAAUGUGUUUGUGCAAAGUCUACAUGGCAGUCGCCAUUCGUGGUUGGGCCUUUCGGACAUCAACGACGAAGGUUCAUUCGUGUGGAGCGAUCGAACUGCUUUAGAUUUCCAUCACUGGGCUGACGGCCAACCGAAUAAUAUUCACAACCAGGACUGUGUUCAUGCUCUUGGCUUUCUCCAUAAGUUCCAAUGGAAUGAUGUAAAUUGUUCAGCUUGUUAUGGGUUUACAUGCAAGAAAGGUGUGACUUUCUUUAAUUCUUUCGUCUGUGCUGUGCUUACGUUCGAUUAGUUUCAGUCCAAGUCUAUAAAGCAUUGCAACAAAUAUUUCUCGGCUGCAUUUGGCUCCGUAUUAAUGCAGCCAGAUUGUAGGUUGUUUCUGCGCUUUACUUUCCCUGAUAUCCCAGGUUAAAGAAUUUCGAAAGUCGGAAGAUUGAUCACUAAAAGAGAAGUCCAGCAGGUGGAAUCUAUUUCCACCAGCCUUGCAUUGUCUAACCUUGCGUCUUUGUAGUUCUUGAAGUGCUCUGGUGUGUUUGGCACUGCAACAACUUUUCGAUUAAUCAAUACCACAUGGUAAUAUAGAUGUGCUUCGUUCGCGUUUGAUGUAUUUUCUUCUUUUGUUUUUAGUGUUUAUUUGAUUUCCGUUGUUUUAAUUUAGACUAUGAUGAGUGCAGGAACUUUCCAGAUUAUUGCCCAGUGCAUGCGUAUUGUGUCAACAAUUAUGGAUCUUAUUCCUGUGCAUGCCCUGUUGGCUACCGCCUGAGUGGAGACGUCUGUGAAGGUUUGUUCGCCAGGUCAUGCUUUGGGCAUCAAUUAAAUAAAAGAUGGGCAGUUUAUAUUUUUGUUGACGCGCUCUUUCUUGGUGAAGAAAUCACAGUUGACUUUAAAAAAUAGAGGGUAAAAAGCAAAGGAAUGAGGAAAAACAAUGAAAACAGUAUAAUAGGUUUCACUAGGCGGUGUUCAAUUAUGACUUUUCUUGUAAUGUCUUUUAUCCCAAGAAGAAGCCGGAUGACAGACGUGUCGAGAAAACUCCUUAACAAAUUCCAGUAUUCAAAAGUUGUGUCCAGCCAUUUCUGGGGCCCAAAUUAAUAGCUCCAUGGAUUCCACAUUUGCCUUAUAGCUAUUUUUAGAUAUUAAUUUUUGCAUUCAUUUAUCUAUUCAAUGAUUUUACUUAUAAUAUACUUUUCCUAUAGACGAAGCUGAAUGUUCGUCAGGCUCAUACUCAUGUCAUGCGCAAGCUGGCUGUGUUAACGUGCCUGGUUCCUACGAAUGUAGAUGUUCAGCGGGAUAUAAUGGAGAUGGCUACCAUUCAUGUCAAGGUUUGAAUAUCACUUAGUCUACAUACUCCGUGUAUGAUUCUGUCGCAAAGCUUUUCUUGUUGGGAGUGACAUGUAACGAAUUAUUAUUAUUCCUCUUUUUUGGAAAGACGUUGAUGAGUGUCUGUCAGGGUCAUAUUCAUGUGAUUUGCAAUCCCACUGCGGCAAUGUGAUUGGUUUGUACCACUGUCAAUGCUUGCCAGGUUAUUCAGAGAACGAAUUUCACAUUUGUUCAGGUACGUAUACUUGACCAAAUUAAUUCAAUCAUUGAACCUAAAUAAUUGUUUUGAAUUUCCUGUGAAUUCUAUGACGAAGUUAGCUCAUAACUCCUUCCUGGUACCACAUGAAGAUAUCAUGGAAUCAUAUUCUUUAAGGAGCGUGCUAUUUUUUAAACGCAAAACCCUCGAGGAGAGCCUGCACUAAAACUCUACUCGUUAAGAUAUAAACUGAAAAUAAAUUUUUUCCUCGUGAGAAACAAGAUGGUUCACAAGCUACCAUGCUGAACCGUAAUAUAAAAUUCGAAACCAUCUGAAGCUGCACUUAUUUCCUGUGGUCCUGUGCUAUAUUGCAUUACAACGGAAAAUGUAUGUUAUUCUCUGACGAACUUUAAAUAUGAAUAUCUAACAGAUGUCGACGAGUGUCAGUCUGGCUCUUAUAUCUGUCAUGCCCAAGGUCUGUGUGUGAACGUUAUAGGCUCCUAUGAUUGCAGAUGUUUACCCGGGUAUGCAGGAGAUGGUCGCCAUGCUUGCUCAGGUAUAUGGUAUCAGUGUGGAUACAGAUAUAUGUCCUUAUCUCUCUCUUUUGUCAUCUCUUUCUCUUUUCGCCAAGAUUCUCUAGAGGAAAAUACUCAUGUGUCAUUUAUGAAAAUUUGUAAUAGUAAAAAGAACCCCACAGUGCCAGAAACAGGAAGGAAGCAAACAAAAUUCCAAAUGAGAUAGGUUUGCAUUCUUGCUUCUACCAAUCUUUUUAUCUAGUUGUUGCUUUUUUUCGUUGCAUAUGGGCAGUUAAAACGCCCGAAGGGAUAUCCCCCUUAUCAAGUCUCAUCAAAUUAUAAAUAGAGUUAUUCAGGGCUUUCUAAGGUGUUUUUAGAAUUAUGAAGGAUGUUUGGGUGGAAUUGGAGUGAGUCCUAGAGGGCCAUCAUAAAUUUUUUUUAAAGCGGGUACAAAUUGAAUGUCAGCAAUGCUCAUUAAAAUGGACUCGAUUGUACCAAAAUCAAGAAAAAAAAUAAAGAGCUUGGCAUAAAUGUGCAAGGCAAUGCUGGAAUCAAGUCUUGUGCAUGCAUGUCAACAGAUGUCGACGAGUGUCAGACGGGAUCAUAUUCUUGCCAUCCUCGAGCACAGUGUGUAAAUGUUCAUGGUUCUUAUGCUUGUACAUGUGUGGCUGGAUACCAAGGAGAUGGCCAGCUCUCAUGUUCAGGUAAAAGCUUAGAAACGCAAUUAAAAACACUUGUAACUACUGAAGCGUUAAUAUCAAAUUUAAAUAUUGCAAACGUUUAUCGGAAUCUAAGAGGCAAUAUUUUUACCUUUAUGGAGUAAGCAUUUUCAUUCUAUCAAUGUAGAGGUGUUUCCAACAAAAUCAGGAAAAAAAACCUGAAAAUCCAAAAACACAUUUGUCAUGAACUAUCUACCAUCAUAUACCUCAAGUGUGUUAUUCCCAGUCACUAACUGAUUUCGACAACGUGAAUCACCGAACUGAGGACUUUCAAUGGUAUCAAAACAUUUCGCUAUUUCAAUUCACAAAAUAUAUGAAAAGUUUUGUCUGUGUUCCACAUCCUUAAAUCUUAGCGCUUUCACCUCUAUUUCAGAUGUUGAUGAAUGUGAAACGAGGUCAUAUUCGUGUCAUUCGCAUGGGCAGUGUGUGAAUUUGCAAGGAUCUUAUGAUUGUACGUGCUUAAAUGGUUACACUGGAGAUGGAAGCACUUCUUGUUCAGGUAUGUGAAUGAACGUCAACGAUAGGAAACAUUUAGUGAUGCCCCACUCCCAUAGUUUUACAUAAAGGGAUAUCGCUCUUUAUUCGCAUGACUUUUUUGCCCUUUUUUAAUAUGUACCCUUAGAUAUCUAGAUGUGGAUGAGUGUCAUUCAGGAGCAUACUCCUGCCAUGCGUUAGCUGAUUGUGUUAACGUGUAUGGCUCCUAUGACUGUAGAUGUCGCAAUGGAUAUGAAGGAGACGGUCAGUACACCUGCUCAGGUAAUCACACCUAAAUUUCACAUAAUUUUAGUUUUUCACGGUAGGAUGGACUGCAAAAUGAAUAGUUUAAUAAUAUCCAUAGCCACAUUUUUCGAACGUGACUGGUCAUCAGGAGGCAGUGCACGUUUUCUGUACACUGUGAUUCCCCGGCCUGUAAGCACGUCCAGGUAUAUAAAAAGUCUUUGUGAUUUUGCAUCUAGUCUUACUUUUUUCAAGCUUUCCUUGAUUGAUAAUGGAAUCUCGUUUGUUAUUCUACUUGUAAUCAACAGAUCAGGCUGUCGACUCGCUUUUGACGUCCGAUAUCAUAAAACAUCCCGUAUAACUGUAGUAUCCCCAUGGAAGAAAGUUUUGCGGCUCUAAGAGAGUGCUAAGGCACAUUAUUCGAUCUAAACGGGCCGGGCCUAAGAUUUGAACUACAAUAAAACUGAGAUUUUUCCUUCAGUUUAAGACAAGGUCUCUAGGCUAAUUAAUGGAAAACCAUUUUUCAAAUUCCGCUCAAUAGUUUUUUAACUAGGGAUUGUAGUCACACUUCUACUGAAGAUUCAGAGAUUUGCCUUAGAUUAAUUAUAAUCAUGGCAAAACUAGACGUGUCAGCUAUUAUUAUCGACGUUCGUUAAAGUGCGUUUGCAACCAUGCUCAGUAGUCUUAAUCCCUUUUGCUUACAUAUACAAAUGUAACAGAUGUCAAUGAGUGUCAGACCGGGUCUUUUUCCUGUCAUGCGCAAGCUGAGUGCGUGAAUACAGAUGGUUCCUAUGAUUGUAGCUGCCUCCCUGGUUAUACUGGAAACGGAAUGCACGAUUGCUUAGGUACCGGAAAAAAAAAACAAUGAUAGCAAUUUUAUUUUAUUUUAUACUUGAAUAAUAUCUUAUUUGAUUGGCAUGUAAAUUUUAUAUUCUUAUGGGAAUUUGUACCUAUUACACGCAACACGAAGACAUAAGCUUUUUUUAGCUACACUCAAAUUUGUAUUUAAGUAAAGUUUAUGUAUGCAUGUGUGCAUGUCAUUGUAACAUUGAGAUAUGUGUUUUUUUUCAUGACUAUUAGGAGACUUGUCACUUAGUUUGACCUUUGUUUCAGCUUUUUUAGCUACACUCAAAUUUGUAUUUAAAUAAAAUUUAUGUAUGUAUGUAUGUAUGUACAUACGUACGUACAUUGAGAUAUGUGGUUUUUUUCAUGACUAUUAGGAGACUAGUCACUCAGUUUGACCUUUGUUUAUCCACAAAGCCGUAUUUCCUCAACAUCAAUGAAUGUCUCUGACGUGACUGAGAUUCAUUUCAUAUUAAAACAGAUGUUGAUGAGUGUCUGUCAGGCUCAUUUACCUGCCAUGCACAAGCGAACUGUGUCAAUGAUAUCGGAUCCUACCACUGCACGUGUCAAGCUGGCUAUGUUGGUGACGGAAAACACUUCUGCACAGGUGUGUCAGGUUUUUAAGGUUCAAGUUCUGCUCUUUGCUCUUAGUUGGAAUGCAGCAAUUUGAGAACAACGUGGGUUAUUUACAAUCAUAACAAAGUAAUGCGUCAAGUACGAUAACCACUAAUCAAAAUCCUUUCUAAUACACUUCAUUCAGUUUUCAACUAAGCUGAACAAAACACAACUAUUAUCAGUGGCUUAGCAGAUCCUUCUUCUGGCAACUAUGAUGUUUAAUUGAUCAUUUAAAACUAGGUGACAAAUAUCAAUCCUUGGCGCAAUUCUUCAGGUUGGAAAUCUGUAGUAAUUAACGUGAGUAAAGAGGAAGCCGUGAAUAAAGCAGCUCGUUGUAGUAAAUGUCUGUUUGAUAUAGACUGGGGUAUUUUGAAUAUCCAGACUUCCUAUAUUUCAGUUUUCAAGUUUUCUUUUCGUGACUUCUUUGAAGCAGAUCAAUCUAUGUCUCCUAAUAUCAACAGAAAUAGGAAUAAUCAUCUUAGAAAAAAGCAAUCUUUCUUUGCACCGAACUUACCGAAUAUUAAAUUAGCGGCGGUACUUGUGCGUUAAGUUAGUAUCUUCCUUCAAUAUCAUUAUUAUUAAUAUCAUAACCAUUUAUUUGUUAAUUUUUUAUUCUUUUUUCAUCAUGUUUUCUUAAGAAAUCCGUGUCUCUGUAGAUAAUCAUGAUAAUUAUUAGAACUGAACAACUGAAUACAUUUCAAUCUUACUCAGAGGGCCAAGUGACACGUUGAUGGAUAAAGCAUAAUACUGACCAAUUAAAAUCUUAAUUUGACUUAAGCUGUCAUUAUUUUUUGUUAGCAAAUGUAGACGUGGAUGAAUGUCAAACGGGUUCUUACUCUUGCCACGAGUUUGCUCAAUGUGUAAAUGUGAUCGGCUCAUAUGACUGUAUUUGCCAACCUGGAUAUACAGGAGACGGUGAACAGUCCUGCGCGGGUAGGUUUGCUGGUUAUGAAAAAUAGUGGUAUUGAUCUUUAUAGUAAUAAAUAUUUAUAACUUGAUUGAAUGAUUAAUAAUAGAAAUUGAACUGAGUGGAGUGUAAUUUGGUAUAAUACGUGUGAUUUGAAAUUACGAGUAUGAAUUCGGACCAAAAUUGCACGACACGAAGUUUAGUAUCAUUUUAUUACAUCCACUUUGAAAUCGCUAAAUUCAGUCGGACAAAUAGUCUUUUUUUGUAGUCUUUACGAAUGUUUUGAUGUUCCAAUAUUGAGCUAGUUUGUUAUAAGUUGCAAAAGUUGUUCCUUUUCCUGCAAUUUGAUUGGUUACUUUAAAAAAAGUCUCGAAAUAUGAUGGUUAUUGUGUUUUAAUAAAGCUUCCUCAUUGGCUGGGAAAAUGAUACGAUUUAGAGCAAAAAGUGGUACCAUUCGUGAAUACAUUGCAUUGAUGAAAGCUAAUCAGACUGCAAGGAUCACAAGAAAUUUAAAAAUGGAUAUAAUAAAUUAAUUGAUUGAUGGUUGAUUAAGAAAUUCUGGAGUGACUGAUUUAUCGUUUUGUUUUAAUUCUAGUUGAACAACCAUCCGUGACAGCCACAAGUACUUGUGCAAACCUCAUGAAGAUAGAUACAAGUACAACCGGUCUGAUAUACUCAAACAACACUGGAAACUACCUAAACAACAUGAACUGCAUCUGGAAUCUGUCUGCCAACGAAAACAUAGAACUGUUUUUCAUGAAAUUUGACACAGAGUACUGUUGCGAUACUGUGUCUGUAUACGACGGCAGUAGCUCCUCCUCCUCUUUGAUCGGCGAAUACAAAGGAGAUAAUCUGCCUGGAAGCCUCACUAGCUCGUCAUACCAGCUUUAUGUCUCUUUUAGAAGUGACGGUUCUGUCGUAAAGUCUGGAUUUCAAGCUGCUUACCACUGUAAGAUAAACAUGUCCACCACAGAUAUUAAGAGCACUAAGCUUUUUGUCCAUUUAUUCAUCAUAAGCUAAUUCUUGCCUAUUAUUGUUGUUUUUUUUUCUUUAUCAGUCCAAGGCCAAUCCUUUGUAACGGCUUCAAGUUCAUGUGCAAACCUGCUGAAAGUGGAAUCAUACGCAAGUGGAAUCAUAUUCUCUAACACGCAUGGAAAAUACAACCACCGCAUGAAUUGCAGCUGGAGUAUUUUUUCAAAUCUAAGUCUGGAACUUUCCUUUACUCGUUUUCAAACUGAACGAGGUUAUGAUCCUGUUACUGUUUACGAUGGCUCAUCUUCUUCUUCUCCCCUGAUCGGGCGCUAUGAUGGAGACUUGCUGCCACAAAGAAUUUCAAGUUCUUCUCACGAGCUUUUUGUCACUUUUACCAGUGAUGGUUCAGUUUCAAGCUCUGGAUUUGUGGCGAACUACCACAGUAAGGGCUUUGUUAUUGGAAAUUAAAAUUUAAAGUCAACGAAGAAAGAAGCUACGACUGCGUUCUGUCCUAUCAUAAUGUACACUGGAAGCAGCUAAAGCAGAAAAGUAUCGUAGGAGAGAAACAGGAGACUUGUCGAUUGUUUUCUCUACUUACAGCUGCUUCCUUAGUGCUUUAAAACAGAAGAGAGCACAGUCGAGGCUUUUUUAUUUGUUUUAUAAAAACGAAUACAUUAUUUUGCCUUUCGUUUGUAUACAAUUUCCAAAACAAACUAUAUUUUCCAAAUGAACAGAGAUGACACGAGAGUGCAUUUUUACUCUCAUAGAGUAAUUAGAAUUAAAACUUGCAAAAAUGUUUGACAGAGACGCCAGCUUGGAUACGUAUUUAAUCAUUGUUGAUUUGUUUUGUGUUGUUUUCAAACACAAAACUAUACUAAACAAGUGUUAGCUGUUUCUGAGUUUUAAACUACCGUACUUACCGUAUCUUUCAGCUUGAAAAGCAUAAAAAACUUGGACAUUUCGUUUCUUGGUGUUUUUUGUCACCGCUGUCAGGGAUUACACUUUUGUCAAUUUCGGCACUUGAAAUGUUUUUACAACUCUCUCUGGUUCUUUGGUUUUUUUUUUGUUCCCAAAUUACACUUUCUGUGUCUGUGUAAUUUGUGCUAUUACUUACAGCUUGUUUUGUAACAGUUCAAGCUAUAUUAUAUAUCCCUUUUCUAGAUCAUAUCAGAUAUUCGAGUCAAAAACUACAACAAUAUAUAUUAAAAAAAUAAGCAAACAAACGAAAACGAACCAGGAAGAGAAAUCCGAAAAUUGGCCGGGAUUAAAGAGGGAGUCGACAGCGUGAUGCCAAUUAUUCGUGCGUCUGUACUGUGAUAACGCACGUUGUUUCAUUAAAUCAGGGCGGUCGUCAUGAUGUAUACAUAUAUCACUUUGAAGGAAUAUAUUUAUGACAUACCACAGAAAAUGCAAUAAAACACGUACAGAGACAGCUACAACUCUCCUGUCACAUGGUGAUGGUGAGCAAAAUAAAAGAAGCCCUAACUCUAAGCAAGGCCAUUUAAAUGACGAGUGUGGAUCCUGAAUGAGAAAGAGAGAUUGAAGUAGCUAUGUCCCAAUUUCAACCCGGUCUGUAGGUGACUCUGCGAAUGUAUUCGCUUUUGUUUUUCUUUAUGUGCGUUUUAACCCCACUAUGUUUUAUUUUACUUUUGUUUUUCAGUCGCAGAUCAGCUAUUUGCCACAGUUUCCAGUUCCUGUGCAAACGUUUUGACCGUUCGAUCCAGUGCAAGUGGAAUGAUAUAUUCAAACAGAGAUGGUUCCCACUCCGACAAUAUGUACUGCAGUUGGAGCAUAUCUUCCAGUACCAACCUGGAACUAAUAUUUUUCAGAUUCGAUACGGAAAGCAGUUACGAUUUUGUCUACGUGUGCGAUGGAGGAUCCUCGUCCUCACCUUUGAUCGGGCAAUAUCAUGGAAAUUCUUUGCCCUCAGCCAUUACAAGCUCAUCCCAUCAGCUUUUUGUCAUCUUCACCAGUGAUGGCUCAAAUGUAAGGUCUGGAUUUGCAGCAAGUUACCACGGUAAGGAAUAUCUUCAUUCCUGUUGACCUUGAGAAAUUACCGCCAAUUGGAAAAAAGGGAAACUUUUAAGAAUAAAAAAGAUUAAGGAGACGAUUGUAGUAUCAAUGGCCCUAAAAGUCAAAAUAGUAAGGCAUUGUUCGCGCUGUAAUACAAACUUGAAUGUCUAGCACGGAAACGGGGAAGGGGAAGGUCUUUUAUGCAAGUUUGUUUGUGUAUCUGUUUAAAAGGCCAUGAUAUGUGAUUUGAUAUUCUUUGGAGACAUCAGUUAAACUCAAUGAUUACCGAAAGAGUUAUUAGAGUGAUAAAGCAGAAGGAAAGUAAAUGAGCUUCAGUAGUCACCGAGGAAUCAAAAGGAGAUAUCCACGAAGACUAGACAAUAGCCAAACGCAAAAUUUGGGCCUUUCAAACCUCAGCAGAUGCACCAUCGAGGUAUCUUUAAAGCUCAAUGCUAAAUUCCGUUUGUUGUUAUUCUUAGUGACCUUGUGAUUUCGCUUAAUUACCGUUUUGAGAACGAAAAAUUUCGACAAAAAAAAGGCUCUUGUGUAUUCCAACCUAAUUUAUUUGGUGGUGGCUAGUGACUUGCUCAAAAUCUGAGCCUGUAAGCUACAUUUGCAGUUAAUCCUCCUUGUCACGCCAACGAUUUAGAUAUUCUUCGUUAGAUAUUACGUAAAUUACAUUACGUUUUUGAGUCGGUCUUAAUUUCGUUUUUCGUAUGCUUCAAUUUUCUUAUCAGUUUAAAGGAAAACCAACCUUUCAGGACCCUUCCUUGCAAUUUUUUUUUCACCAACGGUAUGCGCAAAAUGCUCACAUGAAGCGCCGUUAUUAGGGGCACAAACUUGAAAUGAGUGUUGUUUGAAUAAACAUCACCUCGUUGGAAUGCGCGCAAUCGCUAUUUGAGUUUGCUCUAAGAUCUAUUUUGCUUUGAGGGGCUGUUCUUGAAGGAUAUGUUUUAAAACGUCUUUCGAUGGCUUUAAACAAGCUUUACACCUAAUCUAUAUGAAAAAUGAAACUAUGUAUUCGAAUUGAAUCCUUGUUCAUAACUGAGCUGUCGGUUGUAGAGAAAACGGAAGUUAAGACCCAUCACCUAAGAAACCAUAUUUAAUAUAUUUUUUGAUGGCAACGAGAGAGGUACGGAAGCCGAAAAUGGACAAUCCAAAAUAUUUUGCAAAUCCGAAAAAAUAUUCAAAAUCGAUAUCUUUUAGACAAAUCGCUUUUGAAAAGUUUGUCAAAUCGACAAAACAAAUUCAAAUCCGUGACUUUCUACUCAUUUACCGAGCUUUAAAACUCUAGACCUUGCAGACCUUUACUUCUUUAAUCCUCUAGAAAGACUUGAAAUUUCCGGUUGAAAUUCUCCACUCCAAUUCUCUUCCUUUUCCAAAAACAAAUGAACUUGAGUAGGGCCUUUGAACAUAAUUUUGGCCCCGAACAUAAUUUUGGCCCCGAACAUAAUUUUGGGCUGGAAUUUGAAGAACUAAUUCUCAAGAGUUCAAUUCCCACGGGGGAAAGAAGUUGAAGUUUCGAAUUGGUCAAUGCAUAAGCAUGACAUUUGUCUCAGUACCUAGUACUGAGACAAAUGUCAGCCCUCUGUAAUUGAAUUUCACUUCUCAAAGACGCAUCAACAACGUUUAAGCCCCAUAAAUGAGGCUUUAUGUCUCGAGUACAUCGUAAAAGGGAUAUGCACUCGCUCUACUGCACGGUAUGUCCGAAACUAUCCUAGAGCAUUCUCUUCAUGCAAAAGAACUGGAAAAUAAACUGAAUUAAAAGGGAAGUUAAUCAAAGACAUAGUAAGUUUGGCUUUCUGUUAAAAACGAGAACUUUUCCAAUAUUUUACCUCAAUGAAACCGACAUCUCAGUGUUCACUACAAAACCGAAACAAAAUUCAAUAUUUGAACUUGUUGUGGGCAAAACUGUCAAAGAAGUAUGAAGAAGAGUGAAAUGAUAAAAAAACGACGAACCUUAUCUAAACAGGAUCACCAAAUAAAGCAAUAAAUUUCCAUUUUUAGGCUGCGUUCCUUUGGGAGAAUCCGGAUCAGGAUUUCUGAUCUGUGGCGCUCCUUUCGAGCAAAUCCAUUUUCAGAUUAGUGAUCUGUCAAAUCCACUCUGGACAAGGAUUCAUUGGAUCACUGAUCCAACGCGUUCCUUUGGGCGAAGGAUCCGAAAUUAAUCAUUUCGCCCAGCGGUGCUCAAUUUCAAACAAGUAGAAGGAAGACCGGGAAGAUGGUUGGCAAUCGCUCCACAAAUUCCGCGAUAAACACAAAAUAAAAUCGAUUUUGUAAAUUUAAAUCGAUCGGCCACUGAUCGUAGGCAUUCAGGGUUCCCAAGUAUCCAUAUCUUAAUUAAUACUUGCUUAUGUUUUAAUACCAACGUUUGAGUUUACCAUGAAAAAAUGAGCCUCUAAUGAAUAGUGCGUGCUAAAAGCCCAUGCAGUUAGACGAGCCAUUUAGGGAAGAGCUCAAUAACCCAUAUGCAUACUCCCAAAGGAACGCACUCUAAAACUCCGUUCCUUUCAUGCACCGUGAUCUGUGUGAUCUUGGAUCAUAAAUCCAAAUCCGAAUCCUCCCAAAGGAACGCACCCUUAGACUCAAGAAUAAACUUGAUUGCUUAUGCAUUCUCAUGGGUUCAAGUUGAUGUCUAUCUCAAACAACAUUCCGUUUCGUGUGUGUGGCCACUGCCAGAGUGUAUUACGUUGGUAUUUAAGGCUUACUUUUGAUAUAAAUGAAAAUUACUCUAACUGAUUUGCCAAAGGUUGGCGUUUUUCUUUAAUGCAAACUUGAGAAAAUUGUAAACUGACUCCUUUUGCAAAACAUGACAAAUUUGCAUAUCAUUUACGAAACCGGUUGCGCGACCUGUAAGUACUACAUCAUUAAUCUUAAGUUUGCAGUGAUUUAAUUCAAAUAAAUGGCCAAAUGCUUUUACCAGUAGUAUGUAAGAAUUGAUGAGAAUGUUUCUUUCACAAAAUCCUUUGUUCUCAAAACGGUAAGUGAAUUAAACUCUGAGGGUAACUGCGCGUGGCUUGUUUAAUUCAAUUACUUACCUUAAAUCGUACCGUUGCGACAAUUUUGCUUGAACAUCAUCACAUUUAUGUUAAGUCAAAAGAUAUUUCCAUACUAUUAGGAAACUUUCCGGAUGAUAAAUGUACUUUAACCGUUUUCUUCUGAUCGUAAAUUGAUCUAAGAGCUUUUAGGACCAAAUCCCAAACAUAGCCAGGUCAUUACGGGUUGAUAAUUUUUUUUCCUUGACCAUUUCAUUUCCCCUAUUUUUUUGUUUACGAAACAUGUUUAUCUAUGAACAAACGUUCUUCACAGUAAAUGAUAACUCCUGGAUUGAGGUAACACUGGAGAUAUUCGGUUACUAAGUUAGGGUAAAUUUUUCCUUUUUCAAGGGGGCCUAAAGCGACCUUAGAACGUCGGGAUCACAUAUUGUUAAAACCAGACAUUUGCCAUGUUUUUUUAAAAUAAAUAAAUAAGGGGAAGGGAAGAUCGUUUCACGGAUAUCACGAGAUUCUGAGACUUGAGUUGAAUUCAAAAGAUCACCUUCGAUCCGCCAUAUUGGCGGGAAAGUAUGGGUAUACCAAGUGCACUUUCCUGUUUUUUUGGCGAGCAAAAAUAACUGGAACCUUUUAAUAUCCAUUUCGUGAUUAGAACCAUAACGUAUGACGAAAAUGAAGAGGCCAACGAAAGUUCGAAAGUUACAGACUAUCGCAGUUAAGAACGAGUCUCUGUAAGAAUCAAACAACUUGGGAAAGGAAAAUUUUCAACUACCCUUCAAGUUUUCCAUGCAGUUAGGUACCCGGGGGAUGCACAAAAAUGGCAACAUUUUUGUUGCCAUGGUGACGAUGGAUGAUUGCUCUUGGCCGAAGGCUGUACUUACAAACAUGAUCAAUGUCUCACAGGAAACUAUCGCUUCUAGCCGUAAUUUUACAUCAGUCAAAGUAAAGCUUACCGUGAACUCUCAGUCUCAUAAUUAGGCUUAUUGCAUGGGUUCCUUUCUGCAAGGAAUCAUCAUUGAAAUGAGCUUCAAAGGAAGUUAUAUUUUCCUCGGGCUAUUGAUUCGCUAGUGUUCAUCGUCAGAGGUUACUGGCUCGCUAAAAAUAUCAAUUUCAGCCGACAAUUCCACCUAAAAGUGACAGCUACUUCAACAAUGAGCCAGCGACCAAGCAUGAAAUGUUUAGGAGCAUUUCAUAGUAGGUUUCCCACCCUAGAUAUUAUCUCGAAAGAUAAAAACUAAGUUCUGGUAAGUAACAGAACGAAAAAUCAAAAACCACCUUCUUAAAAGGGGCGAUUGACCCUGAAAUCCACUCACCCUAGACGAAAGUAGAAACCACGUUUGUUCAGCGGAUUUGAUUUAGGGAGUAUGUUUGUCACUAGGGAUUCACUGCUGUCUCUUCAUUUGUUUUGACCAUUUGCCACUGUAGUUCUUUAAGCAAAAUAUUGCCGCUUUUAUUCUUUUUUGCCUUAAUGUAUUUGAUAAGACUAUCUUUAGUAACAAGCCUAUAUUACAAUCGACACAACAUAUGCUCCACGACCAUGUACACGACGGUAGUAAUACCUUUACUUUGAGUUGCAACUCUUACGUAGCCUUGCGGGGUAAGCUGUUGACAAAAGAAACAACACAGUCAACAUAAGACGCCUUUCGCCGUCCUGAGACUUGCAAGUCGAAUUCUUCAGAGAUUGCCUUGAGCGUUGUCAAGUGUAGCAUGGACAGUUCAACCUUCGACAUCUCACAUAUUUUGAACUCCUUGAACACGAUUGGAUGAUCGAACUUAAUUGAUUCUUACUGUGGGGCAAUUAUGACAUCUUCGGUAACCUCCCUUACAGCAUUCUCUAAUUGAACUGCGUCAAUUUCCGAUUCACUGAGCUGCCUUCGUUUGGCCGCAAAGCGAGAAAAGUACUAGUUAAUUUGUUGCGGGGUCAAGAAUUCUUCUAUUGAAAACAGCCGCUCAUGAAAAAUUGAAUGUACCACAGUAAAGAUGAACAAUAUAACUAAGUGUGCUGUAAGUAUUAAGUUGUAUCGUUUAAAUGGACGUGAGAUUGAGAGAUUUACAUUUUAGGCAAAUUUUUGUUUGUAAGUACGGCCUUUCACCAAUAACAAUAAUUCAUUGUUACCAUGGCAACAAAAAUGUUGCAACCUCUAAAAAAAAGGCAUUUUUGUGCAUUCCCCCGGGGUACCUAACUGCAUGCAAAAUUUGAAGGGUGGUUGAAAAUUUCCAUUUCCCAAGUUGCUUGAUUCUUACAGACACUCGUUCUUAAAUAUUUGUUAGAUUGAAAUGCGUCCAAGCAAAUCAUCUGCAUAUACGUACAUAACACCUUUAUUUAUAUACUAUGAAAACCAAAGCUACGACCUUGUGGGGUUUGUGUAAAAAAACUUGAAAUGGAUUGAAACUAUCAAUUAUUAACAAAUUAAAACUAAUAAGAACUAAUUUUCCACUAUGUCUUAGCUGAUAGGCUAGUAUAGUUUAAUAGGUGAGAGGUCUAGCCAUCCCACUACUGUAAGAGGUAUUCUGACUUGUGUAGCAUGAAGCGUUUGUCAUCUUUUUAUAGCUGUUGACACAAUCCGCCUGAUGGAAGGCGGCUCACCAUUGAUUGGAAGGGUUGAGGUUUUCCAUAGCGGCCAAUGGGGAACAAUUUGCGACGACAGGUGGGACAUAAACGAUGCUAAUGUAGUUUGCAGACAACUCGGUCUCCCUCCAGCCACCCAAGCCUUUAGAAGGGCUACGCAUGGACAAGGUUCUGGUCAAAUAUGGAUUGAUGAUAUUCGUUGCUCAGGAUACGAGUUACACGUAGACGAGUGCAACCAUGGUGGAUGGGGAAAUCAUAAUUGUGUACACUACGAAGACGCCAGCGUAGAGUGCUCCUCUAUAAUCUCUUGAUCGGGUGAAUUUUUUUGUAAUUUGCGGCUUGAAUUGCUCACCCACAUGUCACUGAAUGACAAAGAAGCAGAGUUUUCAAAGUUUCUUGAAUUUUUUUUUCGACUUUGGAAAUGACUGAUUCAGUACAAGUCGUUUCGGAAAGGCUCUUUUAAAAAGGAUUUUUUCAUUUGAAUCUUUUCUCUUUUUGGGGAAAGGGAGGAGAGGGUGUAUGCUAUUCUCUGAAAUUCUCCUUCAUUCUUUUCGAUUUCCAUCAAAUAGUUAUUUUUUCAAAUGAUAAAGAAAUACAAAGUCUGGCUGCUACGUUAUAUCACUAAAAUAUGGGCAUGGAUUUGGAAUCCAACGCUUGAUUUUUGCAUGUCGAAUACAAAUGUUUAGAAAUUAAUAGCAAGUAGUUUGCUACGGUGAAUAAAUGCAUGCGCCAUGUUUAGACUAGACGCGAUAUUCAAAUAAUUAUGAUAUCAUUGUUAAAAAUUUCGAGAUAGUUCUUCGGGGGUAUCGAUGGGAUGAUGACUUUUACGGCUAACGACUAAAGUCAAUUUCUUACCGGUGUAGUCAUCAGAAACAUUUUAAAGGUUAAUUUUUUCACAACCAGCGGUAAAAAGAUUUUUCAUGCCGUUUUAACAGUUAUCUCCACUGAAGCCUUCUUCUUCAGGCUCCGGUUACCGCCAUCAAAUCAGAAAUUAGAAUUGUCUAGUCGUUGUGUUAAUCGUGAUUAUGAAUGACAGUGUUGAUAUGUCGACAGUUUUAAGAGACCAAAAGGAUCAGGUAAAAAAAUAACAUCAUCGACCCACGAAAAUUGAACGCCAGAGGACAUUGUCGAGUUUUAAACAGUUUGCAAAGUCUGAAUUUUAAAUCAUUUUAUCAGCGUAGUCUUGGUCUUCUAGCGCCUCGUAUUUAAUCAAGCUUUUGAAAAAUAUCUCUAGGAUAAAAAAGUUUGGGACUUGAUAAAGAAACAUGUUUAGCUUAUUAUGACGGUAGAUGUAGUUGACGUCAACGUGGAAGGCAGUCACGAAUUAAACUUUUAAUCUUUGGUACAAAUAAAUCAUAACAGUAAAAUUUGAUUUUGUCACUGUCAUACCAAAGUCAGUUCACGGACCGGAGCUAUUUUCCUUUCAUU